AUGCACGGUCAAGCAGCGGCAGGCGAAAUUGUUGCAACGUCCAAGUUCAAGCCUUCCAAGGCGUCGUCGACUGCAGCCAAGCAACGGCAGCAAGAGGCGGACGUGGUCGACGACUGGGACGCCGAGAGCAACGAUGACGACAGCAAGGCAGGAACGCAAUCAGCGGACGUCUUCAAGAAGUCCAACGACCAAUGGACUGAAGCGCUUGGAUACCUUGACCGUUGCUUCCGAAGAGACCGACCGGCUCCUCGCGGGCGCGUGGAAGAAGGAUAA